AGCUUUUGCCACCCGUUUACGAGCCAUGCUUUUGCGUGCUUUUACGGGUUGAAUUUAUCUUGCUGCGGGAGCUCUUCCAUUCCGCCGUCGUCGUUGUGUGUCAGUCGGUGGUGAAUCCUCGAAGGAUACGGUCGUGCUCCGAGAAAGUGAGAAGAACCUAAAAGAAAAAAAAUAUCCAACAGUUUGGGGUUGUUUUAAAAGCCAAAUUGCCAACCCCCCAACCCUGUGUGGUCAAUGUUAUUUUACUGUGUUGUGUGGGAAAAAUGUGAAAGGAAAUUUAUAACAUUGUAAAUUCAUUUUUGUGUGAAAAAUGAAGUUGGAACAUUCCGUGCGCAACUUUAGCUACAACAUCGUACCACAUUUCUCCCCCAAAAACAUUCACUGUGUGUCCCUUUUGUAUUUGUGCAAGCAAAAUGCAAAGUUUAGUACCCAAAUUCGCAUUGGAUAAUUUACAACAAUGGGCACCACGAGUAUGAAAUGGAUUAUGGUGUUUUGAAAAGGAAAGCAACAUAUAGAUGCCGGAGAAGUCCACCGAAUCCCAAAUGGAGUACAUAAGGAUUGUUCUUGGAAUUGUUAUAGCGAGUGAUUUCCUCCGUGAUGUUGAGAGUAUAAUAAUGGGGGAUGGUAGUACGAUGCAAGCCCCAUCAUUCCUGCAAGAGCCAUCAUCGAGGCUUACGUUCAGCAAUGAUACUGGGUCUCAGAUUUCGUGUUCAGCACACGGAAAUCCUCCUGCAAUUGUUACAUGGCUCCAUAAAGAUGGAUCGGUAGUGAAUGCGGUACCCGGAUUAAGACAGACACCAGGAAACGGAACACUGUACUUUCCACCCUUCCUUGGCCAAUACCACCGAGCAGAUGUCCACGAUGAGAUUUACCGAUGUCGUGCCAAGAAUAAGGCUGGAACUAUUCUCAGUAGAUCGGUUCACGUUCACGCAGUUACAAGGCAGCCAUACGAUAUCCGUGUCGAUGGGAAGGAUGUGAUUCUUGGAAAUACCGCAUUCCUCCACUGCCAUAUACCAGAACAUGUUCGUGAUUAUGUAUCAGUGACUUCAUGGUAUCGAGGAGAUGAAGUCUUACUACCCGAAGUAUCUGACAUCGGUGGAAGAUAUUCCGUAACUCUGGGAUCCAGUGAUCUUCACAUACGUUCUGUGAGAUCAGAAGAUGGCCUAAAGGAAUUUUCCUGCUUAACCGUCAAUUCACUAACAGGGGAACGAAAGCUUAGUGAUCCAGUAUUUUUAUCCAUUAAAGAAAUUUCAUCGAAUAUGGCGCCACAAACUAAUCAAAAAUCAAUAACGGAAAUUCACGUUGACCGAGGCAAUGAUAUUCAUCUGCCAUGCAAUGUGCGCGGAAAUCCCAUUCCUAUUUUCACAUGGUUUCGCGUAACUGAUUCCGGUGCCCUGUAUCCACUGCCAACAUCCCAACGAAUCAUACCAUCACAAUCGAUUUUAUUGCUCAAGAACUCAGAUGAACGUGAUUCAGGGAGAUGGAUCUGCAAGGCGUCUAAUCAAUUUGGGGACCAAAAGCUGGAGAUACGUUUAUACGUGAAUUCAUAUCUAUCCAUUCAUAUUCAUCCCCAAGCCCAAACCAUCAAUUCCGGGGGUACGGCAAUUUUCAAUUGUUCCAUCGUGGGAUUACCAAUUGAUAAAAUUGAGUGGUUCCACGAUGGGAAACCAAUUGUGCAAGACACCCAAGGAAGGAUAAAAUUGUUGUCACCCAUAUCCCUGAUGGUAUUGCAAGUGGGACGCGAAGACAAGGGUAUUUAUCAAUGUAUGGCGUCCAACAAAAAAAGUAGUGCCCAAGGGAUAGCAGAACUCAAGUUGGGCGACACCGUUCCGGAGUUAAUUUAUACGUUCAUUGAGCAAAAUGUCCGUCCGGGACCGCACAUUUCUUUGAAGUGCUCAGCCACAGGAUCCCCACCGCCACAGUUCACCUGGCUGUUGGAUUCUGAGCCAAUAUUGGAUGUGUCAUCAUUGCAUCGAUACGCCAUCGGGCAGUUUGUUGAUAUAACUGGCGAUGUAAUAAGUCAUUUGAAUAUAUCACAUGUCCGGACCGACGAUGGAGGACUCUACAAAUGCAUAGCCGCAAAUUCCAUUGGGAGUGUUUCACAUGCAUCUCGAUUAAAUGUUUAUGGUCCACCAUAUAUUCGGACAACUGGACUUAAGCAAUUACUCGCUGGGAAUGAUGUUAUCAUCCACUGUCCCUACUCUGGCUAUCCGAUUGAAUCAAUCAGGUGGCGUCUGUCAGGGCAGGAAAUAAUUCCAAAUUCACGGUAUUCAGUGGCAAGUGUGCAGGAGGGUGGCUUUCUCAAGAUAAAUCAGGUGGAUUCCUCACAUGAUGGUGGGGUGUACACGUGCAUUGUGCGAAGUCGUGCCGGGGAAGAGGCACGUCGGGAUUUGCAAGUUGUCAUCAAAAGUCCACCUGUUAUCGAACCAUUUGCCUUCCCGAAAAACCUUCAGGAAGGUGGACGAGCACAGUUGUCGUGCAUCGUCUCAUCUGGAGAUAUGCCAGUAUUUUUUAGUUGGCAUAAAGACGGCCAACCCGUUCCAAUUGGGUUGCAGGUGACUGAAAAGAAGGAAGAUUUCUUCAGUAUACUCGUUUUCAAAGAUCUCACAGAUCGUCACAGUGGACGCUACACGUGCUUUGCCACAAAUGCAGCGGCCAAAGUGAAUUACACGACGGAACUUAAUGUCCGUGUGCCACCACACUGGAGGCAGGAACCUAAGGAUAUGGCUGUGAUGCUAGGUAAUCCAAUUUCAUUGCAUUGCGAAGCUGGCGGCUUUCCAGACCCAAUUAUUUCCUGGUUCAAAGGACAAGGAAAAAUGUCACAGGAUUUCCAUUUAAUUCCCCUGAAAAAUAACACACUCUCUGUGGAUUUCGCCACCUCAGACGAUGAAGGGUAUUACAUGUGUCUGGCAAAAAAUGAUAUCGGUUCUGGAUUGAAGAAGGUUAUACACGUCAAUGUUAAUGAACCCGUGAGAUUUGAAUAUGCAAUGAAAAAUGUCUCGUCGCGACGCAACGAUCCAGUUACAUUGAGCUGCGUAGCAAUAGGUGAUGAGCCUGUAACUGUUACGUGGUCCCACAAUUCAGCUAGGAUAGAUCUCAAUAAUUAUCGAUUAAGUAUAGCGGAGAUAAAGACUGAAAAUGGAGUGAACUCCCAACUCUCAAUAAGCCGCACAGACCGACAUGAUUCAGGGCGGUAUAAAUGUAUUGCGGAAAAUCCCUUUGGCCGAAGUGAACAUACCAUCUUUCUGGCUGUUCAAGAGCGUCCCGAUGCUCCGGCAAAUCUGGAGGUAGUUGAAGUCAAAAGUCGCACAGUGAAGCUAUCAUGGAGGAGACCUUUCGACGGGAAUAGCCCCGUUCUCAGUUACUUAGUUCAGUACCAACCCAUAAAAUCACUCCAUAAUCUCCCACCCACUAUACACACAACCGAAGCUGAAUGGAAUUCAGGUACAACCGUAAACGUGUCCCUACCAACUGUUAGUGGGUCCGUAACGAUAGACGGUGAACCACGGGAGCAGGCAAUUGUGACGGGAUUGUACCCAGCUACGGCAUAUCUAAUUAGAAUGCUGGCAAUUAAUGAAAUUGAGAGCAGCUCAUUCACGGAUGCCUUAAUCAUAAAGACACAGGAGGAGCCACCCGUUGAAUCUCCGCAAAAUAUCCAAGUUCAAACGGGUGGGAUGGGUGAGUUGAUAGUAACUUGGCAAGUACCGCCGAGGGAUUCGUGGAAUGGGGAACUCCUUGGCUACAUGGUCAACUAUACAGAAGACAAACAGACUAUUAACUACGUGAGUUCAAGUGGCGCCACAAAUAACAGCAUCAAAGUUCGGGGCUGGGCAACCACAAAAACAACCAUAUCCGGACUGAGAAUGUUUACGAGGUACUUGGUAAGGGUGCAAGCGUACAAUGGCAUCGCGUCGGGACCGUGGAGUCAGCCAGUUAUCGGUACAACUCUCGAGGGAGUUCCGGAAGCACCACCGCAGAAUGUAACGUGCUUUCCGGCCGGAUCUCAGAGUAUUCGGGUGACAUGGCAGGAACCACCUUCACAUUUUCAUGGUGGCAUCAUUCAAGGAUAUAAAAUCCUCUACCGUCCAUUAGUGAAACAAGUUGAAUUGUCUUCAACGACUGAAGUGAAAAGGACAUCGAACAUGGAAACCCACUUGCACGCUCUCUACAAAGCCACAAACUAUUCUAUACGUGUGCUAGCAUAUACCAAGGGUGAUGGUGUGGCCAGUGAUGCCAAAUAUUGCUCCACAGAGGAAGAUGUUCCGGAUCCACCGGCUAACGUAAAAGCAGCCGCACUGACAGCGGAUUCAAUUUUGAUUUCGUGGCUUCCGCCAAUACACAAAAAUGGCAUCAUCACAAAUUACAAUGUUUAUUGCCGGGAAGCUGGACGAAAGGGGCAAGCAAAAAAUCAUUUGGUACGUGUGGAUGAAAAUGGAAAUCCAAUGACUUUCGAGGCACGAAAUUUGCAGGAGAAUCAAAUGUAUGAAUUUUGGGUAUCCGCCACAACGGGAAGUGGGGAAGGUGAACCAACGGCCGUAAUUGCCCAGGCCACAAAUACAAGAGCCCCAGCAAGAAUUGCCUCAUUUUCCCAAACACUUCGACGUGCUGUGGGUUCGAGUUUGGUUCUCGAAUGCUUGGCGGUUGGUAAUCCAACGCCACGCACACGCUGGUUCACCAGAGACAGACCCGUGACAUUCAGCUAUUUCUACGAGGUUACCACAGAUGGAAAUUUGAAAAUUCACAGCAUCGCAACGAGCCUCACGGGAAAUUAUACAUGCCAAGCCAAGAACCUCUUUGGUCACGAUGAAAUUGUCUACACAAUUGUGGCAAUGAAAACCCCCAGUGCACCCCAUUUAAUUGUCCAAUUCUCCACGGAGGAUAGUAUUCGGGUGACUUGGGAGCCGCCAGAUGAUGGUGGUGCACCAAUUCAGGGCUACGUGCUGUCCUACAGGACGGGCGACAGCGGAUGGACCAAGCUUGAUUUCACACCUGAGCAAACGAGUACCACCAUCACGGGACUCAAGUGUGGCAAUCAGUACAUCUUGAAAAUGAUGGGCUUCAAUCGUGUGGGUGAUGGGAAUAGCAGCGAUGAGAUUAUCGUUGGGACAAAGGGAAAAGUAUCCACAGCACCAGAAGAGAAGGAUUUUAUCCAAACAAAUGCCACUUGUGCCAGCAUAACUCUGUCUCUCUGGAAUAAUGGGGGUUGCCCAAUCCAUCAUUUCUCCGUUGAGCAUCGUCCACUCGGUACAAUACGGUGGACAGUUGUCAGUUCUGAUAUAUCAAAUUCCGAGGAGAAUCGCGAAAAAUUGCUAUUUUGUGAAUUUGCACCGGCAACAUGGUACCAAUUACGUGUCUCCGCAACAAAUGAUGCAGGCAAAACGACGGCCCAAUUCAAUUUUGGUACAACCACUCUAGACGGUGAGCGCGUGGCACCACCAGAGGUAUUCCCAUCGGAAAAUGACUUAUCCCAUGAGAUAGCCACCGUGUCCGGGCAGCGAAAUGUUCUACCACUCAUUGUUGUAGUCAUUGUCAUUAUUAUAGCACUCCUGUUGACUAUGCUAAUUCUACGGCAUCGUCGAGCAUUCUGUGGACCAUCAAUGAGUGGCUAUGAAUCUCGUGCUAUACCGAAUGAUAUAAAGGAAGAGCACGAAAAUAGGAGGAACCAGCAAGUUUAUUCGGCAUCACCUGUUAAGACAGUUGACAAGGGAAAUGAAUCCGAAAUGUAUGAAAUUUCACCGUAUGCUACAUUCAGUGUUGCUGGUGGCAGAACAAAUGCCUCUGGUCAGGUGAUGAAUGCUAAAACACCGACACGUGGUGUCACCUCAUCCACCUUAGACUACACUAUGCAAUUCAAAACGUUUGGCCAUCCGGAUGGUGAUCUCAAUGCCACGGCAUAUCCUGUGCUCCCAUCUUCCGGUUUUGGCCACGUUAAAGGGAAAUCCAGUUGGCACAAACAGCGCUACUACAACACAGACGAUGAAUCAACAUUGAGUAAAAGUAUGACAGUGGUGGCAGGAAGCAGUCAAAUUCAACCGCAUAGAAUGAAAGGAAGUAGAGAAAGUGGCAGUCACGAUAGUCGCCAUAUAAAUAGAAGUAAGAGCCGCUCAAAAGAGAAUAGGGAUGAAAGUGAGUCGGACACGAGUGUGAGUCCCAUCAAUGAAUUUUCCAACGCACCCACCUAUCGUGUACCCGUCAAGUCAAGAGAUAUGUUUCGACCGGAUUCAAGUACGGAAUCAAAUAAUGACAACUCACCCGUGGCCGAGCGCAGGAGCAACACACCGAGGCAUGUGCUACAACCGGAAGCGAGAAGUAGAUCCCGCCAGCAAGCCCCUAUUAAACCACGCGAGAGUCAUUCGAUGGACAUGUUGCGCUCUGGAAGUAACAACAGUUUCAACAGUGAGGUUAUACUUGAGGAUGGACUUAAAUUUCACCCACCAAGUGGGUUUACGGAUUCACGUGAAUUCAGCGAGGCAGAAUGUGAUAGAGAACGAGCUUUAGACUUAGAAGUACAAAGGGUAAUGGAGAACAAUGAUAUGCAAAAAGUGGAAAGAGAAGAAUUAACCUCACUGUUGGCCAGGUAUCACGAGAAGAAGGAGAAAGAACGUCAGGAAUAUACAAUUCACGUAUGAAAAUUUCACAAACUUGUUUUCCACCUUGUUUGGCUUCCUACAGCCGUGAUGGAAAGGAUAUGGAAGCGACAAGAAGAAAAGCAAUUUUCAAGCGCCAAACACCCACAUACAUAAACGAAUUGAUUAUUCAAUAAAUUAUAAAGACAACAACAACAACAAAAAAGAAUCCCAACAGGGCAAAAAAUUGCCGCUACGCAAGAUAUUUUACGCGAAGGUACUAUAAGUUUCGUCUUUUGUACAAAAAAAAAAUAGGAAAAAAAAGAUCUUGAUACAAUAAUAUUAAAAAAAAUACCCUCAAAACUCCCUUCAAUGCGUGUAGAAGAAAUUAAGAAAAAAUUAAAAUCAAAAUUUAAAAGACAAAAGGACGAGAAGGAUCGUCUGAAUAAUGUUCCACCUGAAACCAAAUCUUUUUAGGUAAAAUAUAAGUACGAAAUGAUACGAAAGCUGCUGUAUCAAUCGUCAAGCUCACCCUGAAAUGUUAUCAAACUUUGAAAACCUUUUCCUCAAAUUUUUUAUGAGCUUUUAAGGCGGAAUUUCAAAGGGCUUCGAAAGCUGUUUACAAAGGAGUUUAUAUGUUUUUUUUUAUGUGGGCUAACUUCUCAUUUGAAGAAACAGUAAGAACACACUUAAUCUUGAACAGAAACAAAAUGUACUGGUAAGCUGACCAAGCUUACGAGAGCUGUGUUUCUUUCAGUGUACCAAUUUUGUGAGAGCAAAUUAGAGCGUAAAUUAACCUUUGGAAUGCGGAGGCCUUGGUAGUUACGUAGAAUGCGAAGGUGGGGUCGUUGAACGACCCCAAAAAGAAGGCCAAUUUUCUCCCAAACUAUACAACCUGGAGUUGUCGGGUUAGUGCCUAUAGAUUCCUUAUAUAGUCCUCUUGCACUCUGCACCACAAAUUCGCCGCCCUAAAAUACUUAGAAGGAGAUAUUAGGGAAAAACAUUUUUCAAUCAUUUUUCACAAUUUCUUUUUGAGAAAUUUGCUAAGAAACUGCAAUUUUUUUUUCACUCUUCCCCACAUUCCCCUAACUUCCCGCAAAGUGAUAAAUGGCAAUAUUUCUCGAAUAUUCUUUAUUGUUUUGCACAUUUACAUGCUUCUAAUUAUGUUUUAUGUUGUUUAUGCUCUAAAAAAUUUUCCGCAGCAUGACCGUUACACCAAUUUUUGAAUUCCCUUCUUCUACAUUUUCCUUAAUAACUUUUCUUGUGGUGGUCGGAUUGAGCUGAAAUUUUUACACAACCUCCUCAGAUAACCAAAGAACUUAUUUCCAAAAGAUGGGAAUGGUAUCUUUUAUAUUUAUGGAGAUAUAACACGAAAUAUAGCGCUGGGGUCGUUCAACGACCCCGCUCCGCAUUCCAAGGGUUAAUUUAAAUACGCGCAAAGUCGGGAAAAGUUGAAAAGUCAUACCCUAAGAAAUGUUUGGAAGGCCAUAUCUCGAGAACGGAUCCAUAGAUUUUCAUAAUUUUUUUUUGUUUGAAAGGUCUUGAAGUCAGCUAUAACAUAUCGAAAAAUGAGAAAAAUUUAUGUCGCCAUUUUCGAAAAAUUCGAGUUCGAAAUUUUCGAAAACUUUGUUUUCGAGUUUAGCGCCUCUUGCGGUCAUUUCUCGAAGUUGCAAUGUUCUAGACAUUUGUAGGGUUUCUCGAAACCUUUCAUUUGCGCUUGAGUUGAUCGAAAUCGGACUUGUAGAACUCGAGAUAUGACAUACCAAAUUUGGAGGGCUAAAUCUCGAGAACGGAUCCAUAGAUUUUCUUCAUU